AUGGGAAAAGAUAUCAAUGAUUAUAACUUAGUUGAUAAUUACAUAACUGAUAACGAAAUUGAUAAACAAUAUAAAGAGAUUAAUGAACAAUUAGCAAUUGUUGUUAGCAAAGAAGAUAUAUUAGCUGCUAAUUUAUUAAAUUUGAAACAGAAAAAUGCAUUCGACUUAAUAUUAAAUACAAUUUUCAACAAUCAAACUGGCCUUUUCUUCAUUGAUGGCCCUGGAGGAACGGGAAAAACUUUCUUAUAUAAGACUAUUUUGGCUGCAGUUCGUUCAAAAAAAAUAAUAGCUUUAGCUGUUGCAUCUUCAGGUAUUGCAGCUUCUAUUUUACCUGGUGGUCGAACAGCUCAUUCUCUAUUUAAAAUACCCCUUCACUUAGAUAAUUAUAGUUCUUGUUCAGUUAGUAAACAAUCAGGUUUAAGUAAAUUAUUACAACUAACAAAACUUAUUAUUUGGGAUGAGGCACCAAUGUCAAACAAAGAAGCUAUUGAAGCUUUAAACUAUAUGUUAAAAGACAUAAAUAAUUCCACUCUUCCUUUUGGUGGUAAAGUUAUAGUUUUUGGAGGUGAUUUCCGUCAAGUAUUACCUGUUGUUCCUAAAGGUACAAGAGAACAAAUGAUUAAUGCAAGUUUAGUAAAAUCUGAGUUAUGGCCCUUAUUUACUAAAAUUACAUUAACAGACAAUAUGCGGGCCAAACAAGAUCCCUUAUUUAGCAAUUAUUUAUUAAAUAUUGGCAAUGGAACCGAGCCAACUAUAGAUGGAAAGAUACAGCUACUCUCAUCGAUGAUUUUACCUUAUGAGGAUGAUGAUACUUCGCUAAAUAACUUAAUAGAUUUCGUAUUUCCAGAUAUUAAUAACUACACAGAAAAUAUGAAUACAAUACUCAAUCGCGUGAUUUUAACUCCGAAAAACGAGUAUGUUGACCAUAUUAAUAAAAUUCUCAUUAAUCGAUUUCCGGGUAACUCCAUAAAAUAUUAUAGUUUUGAUGAAACCGUAGAUAAAAAUGAACAGGGAGUACAAGAAGACUUCAUGAAUAGCUUAACACCAAGUGGAUUCCCUGCCCAUGAAUUAACACUAAAAUUAAAUUGUCCAAUUAUAUUACUUCGUAAUAUUAAUACUUCUGAAGGAUUAUGUAAUGGAACACGUCUAAUAUGUCGACAAUUUGGCUCUAAUAUUAUUGAUGCUGAAAUAGUUACUGGUGAUCAUUGUGGAAAGAGAAUUUUUUUACCCAGAAUACCUUUUACUCCAUUGGAAAAUGAAAAAAAUAUAUUCCCAUUUAAACGCACUCAGUUUCCCAUUAGAUUAAGUUUUGCUAUGACUAUUAACAAAGUUCAAGGACAAACGUUAGAUUCUGUUGGUGUAUUCUUACCAGAGCCUGUUUUCUCUCAUGGACAAUUAUAUGUUGCUCUAUCUAGAGCAAAAACUUUAUCAGCUUUAAGAGUUCUCAUUAGACCACCAUCAGGCAACGAAGCUGACAAUAAUCAUACCUUGAACAUUGUUUAUGAAGAAAUCUUAUUAUUAAGCAAUACUAUAUAA